AUGUUACUGUUACCCAACCAGCCCCGAUUCGGGCACUCAGGCACUCGAUAUUCUUUCCGUAUCGAAUUGCUGAAUGUAGCCCAGGCUCUGAUCCUCGUAGCGUGUCUGCGUCCGCAUACGUGUAAGAAGACCGGCUAUCCGUCCGCCAAUCAGAUUGCGCGCUCAGGGCGGUUUGCCACUGCGCCUGCGUCCAUCGGAUUCUGCCUACAGGCACAUACCGGCACGACGACUGAUCCAGUAAAGCCCAAAGAGUCAUACAUGCUUCUUUUUCCACGGCCAGACGCAAUGGUUGGAACGGCAUGCCAGCUUAGGGUAUACAUCCAUGACGGCCCUGCAUACGCCCAUGCCCAACUCUCCAGACACUCGAGCGCUGGCGCCGUGGAGCCGCUGGCGCUGUACGCAGAGUGUUUCUUUUACUGUCUUCUCCGUCAGUCGCCCAUUGCCCAGAGGCAAAAUUUGCUGGCGGCCACAGGAGAGGGCUCCCGUUAAACAGGUUUAUUCCCACAUGAGCCACGUGAUGUCCAUCUCCCCUCCCCUAUCCCGCUAGUCGUGGAACGCUUUGUGGUCUGAUUGAUAGAC